AUGGGUGAAAAUGGUGUGAUAUAUAUGAAUUCUCGUGAUCUUCAAUCUCUUAUUUCCACCUGUUCUUUUGAAAAUUCAUCAAACACAGGAGCAGGUUGGUCAAUUUAUAUUGAAAAAGGAGAGUCUGUACUACGUAAGAUAUGCAGUAUUGGUUCCGAAUCAAGUAGUUUUGGACCAUUUUCAUUUCUCCAGGUGACUGAUUCUAAUAGAAUAAACAUUGUAUCUCAAUCCUCGAUAUGUUACAGCAACAGGGGCAUUAAAAAAGGACAAGCAACAAUAGGAUUAAACUCUGGGAAAAUAGAAUUUGAUCAUAAUAAUCUUACAAAUAACUAUGCUGAUUAUUAUUCGGCGCUUUGGAUGGGUGGGGCAUCUUUAUCUGCUGCAAAUAUUGAUUUUUCAUCAUUUGAUAAGAAUGAUGGCAAUAGUAUGUUAUGUGAUACUAGUAUUCCCGCUAAAUUUAAAAACAGUUUAAUAACGAAUAAUAAAAUAAUUGAACCAUUUGUUUAUUCAGGAAUGAUCAUUGUAGAAUUAAAAAAUGAAAUGACAUUUGAUAAUUGUCAUAUUUCAUCAAAUGAUCAAGGUUAUGAUUCAUUAUUUGGAACCUCUUCUCAAUUUGAUUCAAUAGUUAUUGCUAAUUCAUAUAUAUUAAAUACCUCCACUCUCUAUUCGGGAGAAGGAAGAUUUUCUUAUAAAAAUACAACGAUUAAUCUUGUUUUAAGUCUCGAUCCUGCAAAGCUAUGUUCUUAUGAAGUAGUCAUAAUUAAUCCAGGAUCAAUGAAAUCAUUUAAAUCAAAAAUGUUUUUUAGCAUGACAGAAACCUUUUUGAACUAA